UGGCUGGGUAUACAUCAAAACAAACAAGAAGUUUGGUUUUUACAAGCGUUUUUAAGCCUUGUCAGCCUAAUAUUCUGGUUUUCACUUAGAAUUAAACUUAAUUUUAAGUUAUUUUCAUCAAAGUGACUGGGGAAGUGGUAUUUGCAAUGGAAUUGCUGAUUGAUUGUCCAGAGAAUUCAUCAAAAUGCGACAUUUCCCGAUUGGGGGCAUGCGAAGUAUGCAAGAACAUCGAAGCAAAAUACACUUGUCCCAAGUGUGAGGUUAAGACGUGUUCCCUGGCAUGUUUAAAGAUCCACAAGAAAGAGCUGGAAUGUGAUGGGAUCCGGGACAAAACACGCUAUAUACCACUAAAGAAGAUGACCAACAUGGAUUACAUGAGUGAUUACAAUUUUCUUGAAGGGUGUACGCGAUUUGUACACGGUAGGAAGCGCUUAAAUGACAAGAAAUGGAGCAGAGACUUGCCUCAGCAUUUGCAACGCCUACGAAUGUUAACCCGGCAGCGUAAGACAAUUCUCCAGUUUCUUGGGCGAAAUUUCACCAGACGCAAAUUGAACAGCACCUUCUAUGAUACCAAGAGUCGAAAGAUAUAUUGGAGUGUGGAGUGGGUUUUUGUCAACGCAGAAAACAAGAGAUUCAUCGAGAAGAAAUGCUCCGAGAAGGAGAGUGUAGGAAAUUUACUGAAAAAGUAUAUUGACCUACAGCAUCCUGAUGCGACUCAUUCUGAAUUAGAGCACUACAGAAGUCGUGGUUUUGGGGGUAUUAAAGUUAUGUUGAAGUCUGAAGGGAUAAAGUGCUGCGGCAACAAAGUCUACGAAUUGGACCUGAGAAAAUCUUUGGAGGAGAAUCUCCAGAAGAAGACUAUCAUUGAAUUUCCAACACUUUUGGUGAUCUUUAAAGAAUUGGAGGCAGAAUACGACAUUAUCGAGACUGAUGAGGAAGAGGAUACAUCGCCAAAGGAAGAACCUGGGGAGCAUUCAUCAAAAAAGGAAGAGGAAUAUAGUGCACGAACCAAUUUCUUGUUCACUGACGAGAGCCUUUGGGACAAGCUUUCGGACGAUGAGGAAAACAAACUGGAGAAAUAGAUUAAA